UGAACAGUAUUAAUCCGUCUCUGCUCUGUGUUGUCUGUUGUGAACUGAAGGAGAUUCUGGGCUUCAAGAACCUUCAGGUGUGUAUGAAGGAAGCUGCCCUGCUGGAUUACUAUGUGUGUGGCUUCUGGUGGGCGAGGGAGGCUAACUUCACCCCCCCACAGACCUCGUUCACCAUGGCUGUGCUGCACAUGCUGCUGGAGAACAUCAGAGAUAAGCAGAUGUCUUUGGUGGAGAACCUGAUGGAGUUUGCUCAGGCUGCAGGUGCUGCCAGCCAAUGCUCAACUUCUGAGGAAGGCACCACACCACUUCUGAACAGAGAAGAAGCCACUGCACUCAUGAGUUACAUCAGAAACAGUUCAGUGGAAUCUUUGUUUCAGAAAUACACACUCUACCAGCUUCUCUUCACCUCAGCCAGAGAGGAGCUCCUCUCAGGCCUGGAGGUGAGGAACAUUGAAGUGUUCAGCUGUCAGGACGGUUUCACCCCGAUGGAGGAAGGUGUCCCUUCUCACCUCCUCUCCCAAUAA